UGUUGCGAAACUUCCGAGACACAGCUGCAGUAUUCCUGAUUGUAAGCCCUCAAUGUGUGUUAGGAAAAUACUUCACAGGUUGAAUCAUAGCCAGUCUGCUGAACAGAAAUAUGACGUCAUAGUGGUCGGGGGAGGGCAUGCGGGGACAGAGGCGGCGUGUGCUUCAGCGCGGAUGGGGUCCCGUACACUGCUCCUCACCCACAAAAUCAGUACAGUCGGCAAGUGAGAUGUCAUGUAACCCCUCCUUUGGGGGGAUUGGUAAGGGUCAUCUGAUGAUGGAGGUGGACGCCCUGGAUGGAGUGUGUGGUCGAGUCUGUGAUAAAACAGGGAUCCACUACAAAAUGCUGAAUAGAAAGAAAGGGCCAGCUGUCUGGGGGCCUCGUGCCCAGAUUGACCGAUUGAUGUACAAAACAGAGAUCCAGAGAGAGGUAUUGAACACCCCGAACCUGACAGUGAUGGCUGGGGCAGUGGAGGACUUUAUACUGGGACAGAGUCUGAGUCCCGACCUCCCCACCAUGAAACAGAGGUGUUCAGGGGUCAUACUAGAAUCUGGUGAGAGAAUUUAUGGUGGGUCAGUGGUUUUAACUGCUGGGACAUUCCUACGGGGGAUGAUUCAGAUUGGUUUGGACCAGUUCCCUGCUGGUAGAAUGGGAGACCAGCCAGCCAUAGGUCUCGCCAAAAGUUUGGAGGAAGCGGGCUUUACUAUUGCUAGGCUUAAAACAGGAACUCCACCUCGUCUGGACAGGAGGUCGAUAGAUUUCAGUAAGACAGCUGUACACAAGGCUGAUAGGAUUCCUCUACCCUUCAGUUACCUCAAUACUGACGUCUGGAUCAAGCCAGAAGACCAGGUGGAUUGUCACAUGACCCACACUAAUGAGGAGGUGGAUAAAAUUGUCAUGGAAACCAUGCAUCUUAAUAGGCAUGUGCGAGAGGAAGUCAAGGGUCCAAGAUACUGCCCCUCCAUUGAAUCCAAGGUGCUGCUUUUUAAAGGAAGAAAACAUCAGAUAUGGCUUGAACCAGAAGGUUUGGACAAUGAAGUUAUCUAUCCACAGGGGAUAUCCUGUACUAUGCCAGAGGAGCAUCAACUGAGGCUAGUACGAGCUAUCCCAGGCCUUGAGAGGGCAGUCUUCACUAAACCAGGUUAUGGUGUGGAAUAUGAUUACAUGGAUCCUAGACAGCUGAGGCCUACAUUAGAAACCAUUAAAAUAGAGAACCUCUUCUUUGCUGGUCAGAUUAAUGGAACAACAGGGUACGAAGAGGCAGCUGCCCAGGGCAUCAUAGCUGGAAUCAAUGCUGCUGGUAAAGUGCAAGGAAAGCCUCCCUUUAUGGUUGAUCGAACAGAGGGUUACAUUGGAGUUCUGAUUGAUGACCUCAUUACACAGGGAACCAAUGAACCGUAUCGCAUGUUCACGAGUCGCUCAGAGUUCAGACUUUACCUCAGACCUGAUAACGCUGACAAAAGACUUACAGCAAAAGGUUAUGACAUUGGGUGUGUCAGCCAGCACCGCUAUAUCCGCACAGUACAGCAGUACAGAGAGGUGGACGAAGUUAUUGAUCGACUCAAGUCCACGGUCAGAUACAUGAGGCAGUGGAACAAACUCUUACAGCGGCCAGACAGUACAAAUCAAAACCAAUUCAGUGCCUUCCAAUUGCUAUCUAUUCCUGGGUUUACAGUAGAAUCCAUCGCUAAAGCAUUGCCAGAGAUAUUUGGUGACCUUCAGUUGAAUAGACACAUUUGCCACAAGGUCUUUGCAGAAGGGUUGUAUGCUCAGGAGAUAGAAGAACAGAUGAGCCAGAUAGAAGAGCUCCAGCAAGAGGAACAACUCCGACUACCAGAUUCUAUUGAUUACCUCGGAUUAAAUGAGAUUUCUAUGGAGAUAAGGAUAAAAUUGGAUGAUGCCAGACCAGCUUCUAUUGCAGCAGCCAGUAGGAUCCCUGGUGUAACACCAUUAGCUCUGUUAAAGCUACUUCAAUUUGUCAAAAGGACUACACCUCAAACUGCGAGCCUGUUGUGAAUUCAUGUUUUUAUCAUUUAUGAAUAUUUUAUCUUGAAUAUUGCUUUAAUAAUAAAUGUUGAAACUGUCAAAAAUUGUGUUUUUGUGUAG